GGGUUCGAAUCAUUACAAUCAGUAAGUAGAAUAAUUUUUUGGGAUUUUCCUUUUUUUCUUGCGGAAAGUUUUUCUUUUUUCUUUUUAGUUUAUGAUUCUGAGAAGAAAGUGUGAUAUGCAGUGAUACUUCUUUUGUGGUCUUGAUGAAAUUGAACAAUUUAAAAUCAAAUCAUCAGAACCGUCUCACUCAUGCGCUUCUUUUCCCCUCCACCUCUUUUUUGCAGGUGUAUGAAAUCACAGAAGACGAUAUGAUUGUUAUGAAUGUCAAACGCGGUCAUCGACGAAUUAUCCAGCGAGAGGUGGCCACUGCCAAAGGCAUUCCACGAAGUCAAUCCCUAUUUAUUAAUACCAUUGCCCCCAGUACGUCUUUCUUCAAUCUUCCACGGAAGAUGUCGCAUCUGUCGACCACUGAUCAACCAUUAGAGGAACCGCCACUCUACCUUCGGUCUCAUUCCGUGUCAGCACCUCCGCCAGCGGACAAUGCCAGUGGGAACGCCAGCAGCAGUAGCGGAACGACGAGCGCCGAACGAAGUGUACGAAGCAACAGUACGAGCGGUUACGCUUCCAUGUCGUCCAAUGUCCCCAUGUCCAACUCUGGAUCAGCAUCAGGCAAUCGCAUGUCUGGUAGCGUCAUGAGCGAACCACGAAGUAACAGUUUUUCUUCCAACGACGAAGAUUCUACGGACGCACAGCUCAACUCGGCCCCCAAACGGAAAUAUCGACGUCAUCCUAAACCCGACAAACAUGCACCCAUCAAGCCUCCCUCCGCCUACAUCAUGUUCUCCAACGACGCACGAGCCCAGCUGAAAGAUCAAAACAUGUCGUUUGCUGAAAUCGCCAAAUACGUAGGCGAUCAAUGGAAAAACUUGAGCCACAGCGAAAAGCAGGCAUACGAACGUACGGCCAUGCAAGCCAAAGAUGAAUAUCAAGCCGCUUUGGAAUCGUACCGUCAAACACCUGAAUAUGAGAAAUAUCGAGCGUAUUUGAAGGAAUUUAAACAGAAACAGGAAGCCGCGAAUCGACUCAUUGGCCGCGCACGGAAACGAAUGAAACGAGAUUCACCCAGCAGUGGUAGUUUGGCGGAUUGCAGUUCCAAUGGGAACGGAAAUGGGAACGGCAAUGGUAGCUCUGCCAGUGGUUCGGCGGACGGCUAUGGCGAAAUGGGUGACCAAGGUUGUAACAGUGAAGGAGCGACUGCUGACGUGAGCUCCAAUGCAAAUAGUAGCAACGGCAGCAACGGUAACGACAGUAACAGCGGCAGCGGUAACGACAGUAAUGGCGGCAGCGACGGUGUUAACGACGGCAGUAACGACGGCAACAGUAACAACUACAGUAAUGGCAGCAGCGGUAGUAACGGCGAAGACAACGAUAAAGAAUCGCGUAUGCAAGCGCCCAUUCCCACCCAUCUGACCACGACCGAAACCCCGUCUGCGUUCAGGCCACGACAGAUGAUGGACGGCAACAACUCGUCUGAAGAAUCGAUGCGACCCACGAGCGAGGCAUCGUAUGUGCCUGGAGAAAAGUCGGCGUUCCAACUUUUGCAACGCACGAACCCAGAUUUUCCUACGCGAAGAACCGAAGGAGAGUAUGAGGUUCGAGGCGUACCUACGCCACUGCAUCCAUCUCAUCUUCUUGGCUCAACAGAGUUUCCCUCCUUGCAGAACUCGUAUAGUAAAUGCGACGGUACACCGGACGGCGUGGCCGAUCACAACGAUGCUCAACGUGAACGCACCCCUCUUCCUCAACGACGGUAUCCGACUCGAUCUCAAGGUUCUUUCCCUAAACUUCCUUAUCCGAACACCCUAUCCGAGUCAGCUAGAUUACCUUCCAAUCCUUCCAGCAAUCACCCAUCAUCCAGCUAAUACAGUACAUCGUCCAAAUAAGAUCCCCGUAAGUGUAAAUAGGCAAAAACUUUUUUUUAUACAUAUGUCACUCUAUUCCAAAAAUUGUCUGCGUGGUCAACAAUUAUGCGUCUUUUUUUCACUUGGUUUUUUUUUAUUUGAUUUUUUGGUCCAUUGGUGC